CAUCGAUAUGCUAUUUAGAGGCAUAAAUAACUACAAAAGCAUGAAUACCAUUUUAGAUUAAACAGAGAGUUAAGGAGCUUUGUGGUUAGGAGACUACACUGCAGCAAUCAAUCAAUAACUCUUGAAAUAAAAGAAUAUCAAAACCGUAUUAACAGUUGCAUCAGGUUUAAAUGUUAAAUAUCCUCCUACUUCUGAUAUUGUUCAUAAAGUUUACAAUAUUCUGGAUAUUGAAUCCUGUAAUAUAAAGAGAAUAUGGGGGGAUACCUAUUAAUAAAUAGACGAGGGUCUACUAAAGGGCAGCGUGCUUGUACAUUGUGCUGCUGGUGUAUCUAGAUCAGCUGCCACAGUUAUUGCAUAUCUCAUGAGAAAAUAGGGGAUGUCAUUUUAAGAAGCAUUUUAAUUUGCAAGAUUGAAGAGAAGUGUAGUUUGCCCUAACUUUGGAUUUUAAAGAUAGCUCAAGCAAUUUGAAAGAGAAUUACUGAAUGGUAAUGGGAAGGUUGAAACAGAAAUUGCUUAAUAAUAAUAAUAAAUAUCUUAAUCGGCAGUAAAGCCAAUGAUUUAAUAGCAAUAAUUAACAAUACAACCUCAUUAAAUUCCAAUUAGCGAAAAAAAAACAACAAUUAGAAGAAACUAGUUAACUCCUGCUUCUAAAUUACCAAAACCAGUGUUUUCAAAUAAUGUUAAGCAAGUUUAAUCUUUCAAAAAAUGA